UAUUUUUUGUUGUUACCUGCCUACAGCAAUGGUUUCACAGUUGCAGAUCGUCUGUUCUCUUGGCGACUGCGUUCUUUAAUUUUUAAAUUACUUGUCGCAGGAGUCUUUGCAUUCGAAUGUCGUCGUUCAUAGUCCAGCUAUUGUGCUAAAUUUUCGUACACUGAAUCGAAAUGCUUUUUGAUGAUUUUUAUUAUUAUUACUGUUAUUGCUAUUUUUGAUAAAGCACCACUGCAAGAGAGAAAUUUGGCGAACUUGUGUUGUGUCCCGUUCGAAGUUCCCAGCCCCAAUUUCUUUUUCGAGGUCUUGCACUGGACAGUUUUUUAUCUGCUACAGAAGGAAAUGGAUAUUUAGUUACCAACUGUAUGAUUUGUGGUUUCAUUCAUGCAAUAGUGAAUUAUAUUCUGUAUCACCAUUGGACAGUCGCAUGAUUUUUGCAUUUAAUAAAAUCGAGUUUGAUUUCACCCACAUCUGUUCUUUAACAUCAGCUUGAACAAGAUUCCUUGAUUCGUCUCCAAUUGCAUUUACUCAGUAGUUCUCGUGAUCUAUUUGACUGGAGUUACCACAUACUUUGGAUUUCCAUCUCAUUUUAGGACAAACUUGCAUUCAAAUUCCUCGAUAAUGGUGCUUCUGCAUGUGAAGCAGAAGGACGACAGACAGUUUCUAUUUGAAGCUUCUGCAAAAGCUUCCGUGGACAGUGUCGUGAGAGAGCUUGUUGUCGUCAACAAUCUGCAGGUGCGAAUCCUAGGCUUACAAGAAGAAGUUAAGUGGCUUGCUCUCUACGGGCCCGCCAAACAUCCCGAUGAUGAUGAGGACAGCGAUGAUGAGUCACAGAACGGAAAGAAAAUUCGAGGUCCUCACUACAGCAAAGACCCUCACUGUCGCCGAACUGGAGAAGCCUGCGAUCCUGAAGUGUCCAAGCAAAUUACUAACACGAUGGCGGACGCCGUCGCUCUUGUUUCCAAGGAAAAUGUAAUGGCCAAAAACUAUGUUACUUCACAAAUGUUAAAAGACCAACUCAAUCUCAUCCGUGGUGCUAUCACGAUUUGUUAUCCUCAAGGAUUGCCCAAGUGGGAUGUUGUCCAGCAAGCGAUUUCUGGAACAUCCUCGUUGAAGGAAACUCUGGAUCCAGAUACUACACGUUUAUGGUGGGCAGGCAAAGAGAUAUUGCGUGACAAGUGUUUAAAGGAUUACGUUGGCCAGAAUGAAAAGACGAAGAUAAUUGUGAAGUUGCGGGCGCAAGGCUCAGGCUGCCCAGAACGGGAACCACUGCACCAUUGCAGCCAAUUGACGCAGAUACGCACAAGGCAAUGAUGGCCCAUUAUUUCAAGCAGCAAGAACAGCUGAAGCGAAUGGCUGAGGACGAGGAUGAUGCGUACAUGAACGCGCAGUGGGCUAAUCCCAAAGCUCUCAAGUCGCAGUUACACGGCAUGGCCGCGAAUAUGCAUUUCAAAUAAAGUCUCCAAUUGCAGAAGUGAUGCAUCUGCCAGUUGUGUAAGCAACUGGAUGCAGUGUAGAAUAGUGUGGGCUGCUUCUGGAGCUUUCCUUUGAGAUCAUCACAACCGACAAGAGCAUUUACAGAAGUCAUCACGCAGGAAACACAGAUUUGAGGCACUCAUACUACUCCGAGAAAGUAACGUGUGCUGGUAGUGACCGCAUUGAAUCACUACUCUGCCAUUCUGAUUGUUUGCCAACAGAAAUAUGAGUAAUCGUUUGCCCUGCUGAA